ACAUGACAUAACUUUCUCCUACCGCUGGAAAUCAGAAAGUAUAGUGAUGCCACCUGGUGGUGAAAUAAUGGAUCCUGGGUCCAGGAAGUGACUGGUGUGUUUGCUACCGCAGCUCAUCAAACACCAUCACCAUGUCAGUUGUUAUGUACGUCGUGUAACUGAUAUGGGACUGCUGUCAAAUGGCACGGUGCUGAGAAAUAGAAGGAAGAGAUUUGAACACGGACCAGGACCUCAGGUUUGACCUCAAGUGGGUGCCGACUAUCACACCAUGUUGGUGACAGCAUAUCUUGCCAUCAUCUUCCUGCUUGCCCUGUGUGUUGCCCUCGAGCUCACAGCACGCCGCCUCGUCCCCCCUCAGUCCACUCCUGCUGUAGCCAACCCAGUUUUCCGUCGCUUCCAGAGCGUAUUUCUUCGGGCAUACCUUUUGGCUUUGUCGGCAGACUGGCUCCAGGGUCCUUACCUCUACAAACUCUACCGUCACUACAGCUUCCUGGAAUCCCAAAUAGCCAUCUUAUAUGUGUGUGGCCUGGCCUCCUGUGUUCUGUUUGCUCCAAUUUCAGGCUGGCUCCCUCAAUUCUUGGGUCGCAGACAGACAUGUCUUCUCUUCUGCCUGUCCUACUCUGCGUGUUGUCUCACCAAGCUGUCCACAGACUACUUUGUUUUGAUUUUGGGUCGGAUCCUGGGGGGUCUGUCCACAUCCCUGCUCACCACCACAUUUGAAGCCUGGUACGUGCACCGGCAUGUAGUUGUCCACGAUUUCCCCAAGGAGUGGAUCCCCGGUACCUUCACCAAAGCUGCUACCUGGAAUCACGGGCUCGCUGUGGGAGCAGGGCUGGUGGCUAACUUGCUGGCUGAUUGGCUCCACCUGGGGCCGGUGGCUCCCUUUCUCCUGGCUGUGCCCUGCUUGGCAUGCUGUGGCUGGGUGGUGCUAACCGACUGGGGCAAGGAAGAGGCUGAAGACGGUCCUGGAGGGGAUGAACAAAAACUGCCUCUUGGCACUCCAAAUGGAGGUGUGACCCGUUUGUCUGCGAGGGCCCGUUUCUCACGCAGCUGCCAUGACGGGUUGCGCUGCCUGCUGUCAGACAGGAGAGUCAUGCUCUUAGGUGGAGUGCAGGCUCUGUUUGAAAGUGUCCUUUACAUUUUUGUUUUCCUGUGGACCCCGGUACUGGACCCUCAUGGGCCUCCUUUGGGAAUAGUGUUCUCUUGCCUGAUGGCUGCCAGCAUGGCCGGCUCCUUGCUGUACCGAGUAGCCACCUCCACCCGCUAUCGUCUACAGCCUGGCCAUGUUCUCUGCCUGGCUGUGCUGAUGGCCUUCUUCUCCCUCUUCAUGCUGACCUUCUCCACUGCCCCAGGCCAACCUAGACCUCAUGAAUCCUUUCUGGCCUUCUUGCUGCUGGAGCUGGCCUGUGGGCUCUAUUUUCCUGCCGUCAGUUUUCUCCAGGGCAGGGUGAUCCCAGAGGAGAAGAGGGCUAGUGUGCUGGCCUGGUUCAGACUGCCUCUGCACCUGCUGGCCUGCAUAGGGCUGCUGGCGCUUCAUGGGGAGAUAUCAGGAACAGGUGGCGGGGAGGAAGGUAGCGGCACCAGACACAUGUUUGGAGGCUGUGCUGUUAUGAUGCUGGCAGCUUUGAUGGCUGUAGUCAGUCUGUUUACUCUGGGCAGAAAUGACACAGACCUGAGACUGGAAGGAACCAGAGACGAGGGGGACAUGUACUGAGGAGAGGAACCACAUAUUUAGUUAAGCUUGACUGGUUUUGAAUGUAACGUGCCUGUUUUGUGCGACUAAAAGUAGAGUCCCGAUGUGUUCCAAUGAUCAUAAGUCUAUAGUUUGCCAAAUACAGGACUGAAGGAAAUCGAAGUCCAAAGGGGGGGGGGGGUUAAAAAAUCAGUUAAAUUUUAUUUUAUUUGUACUUGUUACCAUGUUGCUUCUCAGUUGUUGUGUUUUUUUUUUUUUUUUGGGAGAUACUUUUACUAAUCCUGUCCGUGUGGGGCUUCUUUGGGAACAUAGCCAUAUCGACCUUCAUUUGUCAAGUAAUGUGCUGCAAUGUCCAAAACUCCUGUGUAUCAAACUAUUCCAGAUAACACAGUAUUGCCUCAUUGUGUGCACCAAUAGGGAGAUGGGGUGAAGUGUUUGACACAAUAUAAUUAAUUUCACUUGUCAGUGAGAAGAUCAGUAAUAUAUAGAUGUUCCAUCAUAUUUUAAAACAGACAUGAAAAGAGAGAGCUCAAAAUGUAUUUUAAAAAAUGUAGACCAGUAUCUGAACAUCAGUUCUUGCAAUACUUCUCUAUGAUUUCUGUUCCUGCGUCUGUUUUAUUGAAGAGAGAAAUGUACAGUUUGUUGGUUUUACUUUGAAUACUUCUUUUGCAUCAUCUUUGGGAUAUUUUCUCAUAUUAUCUGUGAUCUUUACACUUUUAAAUAAAAGUGUACAUAAUUCAUA